CUCAACAACACCUUUCGAUUCCCCAAGCUACACCUUCUAACCAGCUCUUGAUCCUAAGCUAUUAAUGCGCCGGAGGCUCGAUUCAAUAACCCCCCAGCCAGCCCCCGGAUAGUCGCAUUCUACGUCACUCACCAACAUGUCUCAAUCCUUGCGCCCAUAUCUUCAAUGUGUUCGGUCCUCGCUUACUGCUGCGCUCGCCGUCUCCAACUUCGCCUCCCAGACCUCCGAGAGACAUAAUGUACCUGAGAUCGAGGCCCAGAGCUCUCCUGAGCUUCUCCUCAACCCCCUUACGGUCUCUAGGAACGAGAACGAAAAGGUUUUAAUUGAGCCUAGUGUGAACAGUGUCCGAGUCAGCAUCCGGAUAAAGCAAGCAGACGAAAUCGAGCACAUCUUGGUCCAUAAGUUCACCCGAUUCUUGACGCAGCGCGCAGAGUCCUUCUUUAUUCUACGAAGAAAGCCGGUCAAGGGAUACGAUAUUUCAUUCUUAAUCACAAACUUCCACACAGAAGCUAUGUUGAAGCACAAGCUGGUCGACUUUAUCAUCCAAUUCAUGGAGGAGGUAGACAAGGAAAUUUCCGAAAUGAAGCUUUUCCUUAAUGCUCGUGCUCGAUUUGUUGCUGAAUCCUUCCUGACUCCCUUUGACUAAAUUAUGCCGAACUCAUGAACUUUGAUCCGUAAAUGAUCGAAAAGUUCAAUCCACCUCCUCUUGAUUUCCGCCUUCAUAAGUUUCUGUACAGACGAUCUGGGCUGGUAUGGGAAUCUUCCUUUCUACAAAGUAUUGUUCCCUUUCUUAGAUCCUCAGGCUCGGGGUUACCUCGAACAUAAAUUUCCCUAGCAAUAUUGAUUAUUUCCUCUAUAUCUUUGUUUCAUGAUGACAAUCACACCAAGUAUAUCGAAUCGCCCGAAUCGCGACUUAAUUGUAGCCUAUUCGUCCUUAUGCAGCAAAUUCUUACUUUGUUACCUGUCUAGCCUUAAGAGAAUGUUCGCACUUGGAUAAUGAAUUAUAAUCUCUAGUGCCCUAAAAUCUAACUUACUUUAACUACAC